CAUCCCUUCUUCCUUUCCUCGUCCCCCGUCACGCUCCCUGCUGGCUUGUGGGCGCACGCUCCGCCUCCGCCAGUUGGCUCGGCUAUCCAGUGCACCGCUUGGAGCCGGACCGGACCCCGGAGCCGGUGGCGGGGGCUGGGAGCUCGGCGCCCGACCGGGCGAGGCCCUAGGCGAGAUGGCAGAGAUGGGCAGCAAGGGGGUGACGGCGGGGAAGAUCGCCAGCAACGUGCAGAAGAAGCUCACCCGCGCGCAGGAGAAGUGAGGCUUGUUGGAGCUCAGAAGUGGGGACAGAUGCAGUGCCUGCCACUGGUGUCCAUGGAGAGCCUGCUGGGCUGGCUGGGCAGGUCCUCCAGAAGCUGGGGAAGGCAGACGAGACAAAGGAUGAGCAGUUUGAACAAUGCGUCCAGAAUUUCAACAAGCAGCUGAAUGAGGGCACUCGGCUGCAGAAGGAUCUUCGGACCUACCUGGCCUCUGUCAAAGCCAUGCACGAGGCUUCCAGAAAGCUGAACGAGUGUCUGCAGGAGGUGUAUGAACCCGACUGGCCUGGCAGGGACGAAGCGAACAAGAUUGCUGAGAACAACGACCUGCUCUGGAUGGAUUACCACCAGAAGCUGGUGGACCAGGCACUCCUGACCAUGGACACGUACCUGGGUCAGUUCCCUGACAUCAAGUCGCGCAUUGCCAAGCGAGGGCGGAAGCUGGUGGACUAUGACAGUGCACGGCACCAUUAUGAGUCUCUCCAAGUGGCCAAAAAGAAGGAUGAAGUCAAAAUUGCCAAGCCUGUCUCGCUGCUUGAGAAAGCCGCCCCCCAGUGGUGCCAAGGCAAACUGCAGGCUCAUCUUGUAGCUCAAACUAACCUGCUCCGAAAUCAGGCUGAGGAGGAGCUCAUCAAAGCCCAGAAGGUGUUUGAAGAGAUGAAUGUGGACCUGCAGGAGGAGCUACCAUCUCUAUGGAACAGCCGUGUAGGUUUCUAUGUCAACACAUUUCAGAGCAUCGCAGGCCUGGAGGAAAACUUCCACAAGGAGAUGAGUAAGCUCAACCAGAACCUCCAUGAUGUGCUGGUGAGCCUGGAGAAGCAGCACGGGAGCAACACCUUCAUGGUCAAGGCCCAGCCCAGAUGCUGGGAUCUCCCUCCAGCGGGCUCCCUCUUGUUUUGCCUCCACAGUGACAACGCUUCUGCAAAAGGAAACAAGAGCCCUUCACCUCCGCCGGACAGUUCCCCUGCUGCCACCCCUGAGAUCCGAGUCAACCAUGAUCCCGAACCAGCCAGUGCAGCCACCCCUGGGGCUGCCCUCCCCAAGUCCCCAUCUCAGCUCCGGAAAGGCCCACCAGUCCCUCCGCCUCCCAAACACACCCCAUCAAAGGAGGUCAAGCAGGAGCAGAUCCUCAGCCUAUUUGAUGACACCUUUGUCCCUGAGAUCAGCGUGACCACCCCCUCCCAGUUUGAGACCCUGGGGCCUUUCUCGGAGCAGGCCAGUCUGCUGGACCUGGACUUUGACCCCAUCCUGCCUGUGGCGAGCCCUGUGAAGGCGGCCACACCCUCUGGUCAGCCGAUCCCCUGGGACCUCUGGGAGCCCACAGAGAGUCCAGCUGGCAGCUUACCUUCCAGGGAGCCUAGUGCUGCCGAGGGCACCUUUGCUGUGGCCUGGCCCAACCAGAUGGCAGAGCCGGGCCCUGCCCAACCAGCAGAAGCCUCAGAGGUAGCAGGUGGGACCCAACCUGCAGCUGGAGCCCAGGAGCCUGGGGAGUCGGCAGCGAGUGAAGCAGCCUCUAACUCUCUGCCUGCCGUUGUGGUGGAGACCUUCUCAGCAGCUGUGAAUGGCACUGUGGAAGGAGGCAAUGGGACUGUGCGCUUGGACCUGCCCCCAGGGUUCAUGUUCAAGGUGCAGGCCCAGCAUGACUACACAGCCACUGACACAGAUGAGCUGCAGCUCAAGGCUGGGGACGUGGUGCUGGUGAUCCCCUUCCAGAACCCUGAAGAGCAGGAUGAAGGCUGGCUCAUGGGCGUGAAGGAGAGUGACUGGAACCAGCACAAGGACUUGGAAAAAUGCCGGGGUGUCUUCCCUGAGAACUUCACGGAGCGGGUUCAGUGAGGGCAGCAGCUGGUAGAGCUCUCUGGGUGUGUGAAGAACAUCUUUUCCCAAAAAAUGUGUGUGUUUAUUUUUGUUUAUUUUUUUUCUUUAAUUUUGGAAAGCAAAGGGAAAUCAAGAGGAGAGACUAAGCCAAGAGGUGUUCUCCCAAAGAUAAGGUUAUUUUCCAAAGAGCCUGGUUUCGGCAAGUUUGGUAGAAUCACCAGUGUUCCUGAAGCUGCUGUGUCCCCUAGUUGAUUUCCUGGCUGCCCCUGCCAGCGCUCUUUGGGUGGCUGCUACCACUAGUGCCCAGCUGAAGGGCAGGGCCUAGGAGCCUCAGAGCCACCGUGCUUGCCUGAAGCUUUCGGCUGAGCCAUUUGGGCAAGGGUCCUCCUUUCCUGGCAGCUGCUGUGGUGGAUCCAGGCUCUCCAGGCACCUUGGGACCCAGACAGCCAGCUGGCCUUGCCCUGUCCUGCAGACCGUCUGUGUGCCGUUUGGAAAUAAAUCAUAGUGUUCAAAACAAAAUGAAACAAAAACACUGACAAAAGCA